UAAGCCAAUGAGGUCAAUGUCUGUGUUUUUGUGGGGGGCUGGCGAUCAGAGUGCACCUCUAGCAUACACAGUAACUGCAUAGCCGUCGAAAUUAUCAAAAGAGCACGUCUGUAUUCGGGUUUUUGAGCGGACCGGGACCAUGUCAGACACGGAGACAAAACCCUCGAGUCAGGAAGCAGGAGAUAAAAAGGAUGGGGAGUACAUCAAACUCAAGGUGAUUGGUCAGGACAACAGUGAAAUUCACUUCAAAGUGAAGAUGACGACACAUCUAAAGAAGCUAAAGGAAUCCUACAGUCAGAGACAGGGCGUUCCCAUGAAUUCUCUAAGGUUUCUCUUCGAGGGACAGAGAAUCGCAGACAACCAAACUCCGAAAGAGCUGGGAAUGGAAGACGAGGAUGUCAUUGAAGUCUAUCAGGAACAGACUGGCGGACAUUGGAACAAUUAGGGUUUUCUAUAUAUUUCUCCCUCUAUUUUUUAUUUUAUUUUUUUUAAGUAUGAAUUUUUUUUUUUGGCUUUUUGCUUUGCUUUGUUUUGUGUUCCUCUUGGUAGGAAGUGGCUGAAACCAUCUGAGUCAAACUGAGGUUCCACCAGGUUUCCUGUAACCCGGGAGACAGAGACAGUGUCAUCAACUCUUCCCAGCAAAAAGCCUCCAGAUUUGCCCUCCAAAAGUAGCUUUUCGUAGACAUAAGUCAUCAGGGGUAGGGCUGGAGGUCAUCCAUAGAGGAUUGUAUCUUAUUUUCUGAAAGCUUCCUUCAUUUGGAGCACUCUGGAAUGAUCAUCUGGUUUGAUUUUUUUAAAGUAACUUGGCAAAGAAAAAACAAAAUCUAGCAACUUGUAUGUGUAAAUCUCAUUAGGAAGCUGUAAAAGUCUCCAGAUCUUAGGGACAAGGCUGCCCUGGUGGCAACACUGGGCAGAGAGGAGGUGUGGAAGGAAGGACAGGCAGUGGCGUCUCCCUCCCGCCACCCCUCCCUGACUCAGACAGCGGGCAGUGCGAUUGGAGGAAAUGCUAGAAUGUUUCGCUGCGGGGAGAUCCCGCUUUACAGUAAUAUGGGACAUUCUGCUUCAGGGCAACGGCUAUUUUCAGGUUUCUGUAAUGUCAGUGGCGCACCACAAACCCCUUCAGGGUUUCAGAGAUGGAGUGAAACCCCCCCCCAUGUGAGCGCUGUGUAGGAUUCGCCUCCUUCACUCUUAAAAUGACUCAUCGUACGAGUUUAAGACCCUAAUGAGUGCUUGCUUCUCUACGCAAGACAAGCCCAGACUAAAAUCAUUAAGCAAGAGCCCUUGCAGGUAUGCUCCAGUGUCUGAUGCUGGUUUCACCAGAAAUCCAUAGCACUCACCUUCACUUCAGAAAACAGUUUUGCUGCUGCUGUCAGAAUCACAUGUUGAAAUCAUAAUGCACUGCUUUUGGGCACUAGGGUGUCAGGCAUCGUGUCCUAUCUGAAGAAGCAGGAUCAGAUUAGGUUGAAUCCCCUCAGAGCAGCUAUGAAUCGAAACUGGGGGAUGAAAUGCUGAUAUUAUGAAUGUUGUAGUGUAGAAAGCAGACCCCUUUUGUCUUCUCAUUACGCUCUAUCUGCUGAAUGAUUCAUGGCAACUCGUCAGAUCUCGUGCUCAAGGCCAUGGUUUCUGAUCCCAUCAGAGGAGACCCGUGCACAGAAUGCUCACCAGAGUUCAUCACCUGGUUAUGCAGUUGCAUUCCAGAAUCCUGCCUGCUCUAGAAAUUUAAGCAAAACACAUUCAGAGCAUCUUUUAAACAGUACUCUGCUCAUCAUCAACAUGUUUGUGAACUUGUCCAUUUAAGUUAUGAGUGGCAUUCCCUCUCUGUCACAUACAGCUCUUAGUGUCAGGAGCGGCUUGCAUGGGUGAACACAGGUGCAUUGAACAGGAAUUUUAUGAGUGUGUGAUCUACUGGGGUAACUGGUGUAUUGUUAAAGCUACAAAUUAUUUUAACAUGAAAUCUGUGCAUAAACAUUCACCAACUUGUAUAUUUUGUAAACUUCCUUUCCUCUCUCUCAUUGAUUUUCUGUGUAGGUUUGGCAGUGUUUAUUUAUACAGGCACGCUAUCCCAAACUAUAGCUCAUUUCACAAAAUCAAGUACAGUUUUGUAUCAUAUUCUAUUACUGCUACUAUUGUAUAGUUACACACAUGCCUCUUCUCUGAUUAGUUAGGAGUUUGCCCUAUCUUUAUCCUCCCUCUAUCUUUUGCAGAAGAAAUGUGGAAGUCAGGCUAUGGGUCUGUUUUGUUUGGAUCAAUGCUGUGCAGGUUGACUGAUGGUGAAGUCAUCUGGAUAGCUCCUUUCCUUUUACUGAGCUCACUAAAUCAUCUGAUCCACAUGCCAUAAAAGUUAGUGAACCUGUGCAGAAAAUUCUCAGCAUUGAUUGAAGCUGAGCCCGCCCUUACUGUGCUGGACCCUGGCAACCCCUGAUGAUGUCACAAAAACUUGUGUUUCUCACUGUGUUACCAUGGUGGUGGCAACGCAUUGUGAUGUCAUUGUACCUGACUUCUCUUUCUGGGGAGAGAAGUUGCUCUGGAUGGUUUGA